AUGGAAGUGGACUGCCAGCCUGAAGAUCCCAUGGUCUCCGCAUUCGAAGACGAAUGCAUAGCGCUUUGUGACGUGAAGGACAUGAGACUGGAGGCGGACGCCAUUGUCAACGAUGUCCUUUUCGCCGUGGCCCAAAUGCACGUGUCCAAAAACCUCAACAAUUCAUCAGAUGUGGCUUAUAUCAACGUGGAGACGAGAGAGAGCAACCGCUAUUGUCUGGAGCUCACAGAAGCGGGAUUGAGGGUGGUGGGCUACGCUUUCAACCAAGUAGACGAAGACCUGGGCACUCAGUACCACGAGACAGUUUACUCGCUUCUGGACACGCUGAGUCCUGGCUACAGGGAAGCCUUCGGGAACGCUUUGCUCCGGCGGCUCGAAAGUCUCAAGCAAAAUGGACAGUGA